UCUCCCAAAGAAACGUUAGCAACCAACCACAUUUUACAAAUUCAGUUUCAAGACGGAAAGACAACUGUUCCCAACGGCCGCUCUCGUCUCUUACUUCCGCUUCCGCCUAUUUCCUCUGUUUAUUGUUGUUUUUUUCGUCUUCUUCGUGCUGCUGUGCAAAAGUGCUUACUUCUCCGCCCAUGAUAACUUACUAGCCAAAGCAUGGAUGACUCUACAGAGUCAGAUGUUCUCUACGAAGCGUGUUCAAUCCUGAUGCGAUUAUCAGCUCGUUCUAUCAAAGGGAUCAGGGCAGAUAUUGAUCAAAUUGAGUUACCAAGUUUGUCACUCGAAUUUCAAAAUUUCGAUGAACCGUCGCUUUAUAGAGCUGACAAAAACGGCAACAGCAGCAGCAGCAGCAGCAGCUUGAAUUUCGUGCCAUUAUUAUUUGGCCUGUUCGCCCUAGGUCUGAUCGGGGCGGCUGCCCGUAACGAACGCAUUCAAGGUUGGACUCUGUUGUUGUCAAGAAUUUUACGAAGAUUGAUUCGGAAGGUGAAGACAUACGUCACCAGGUUAAUUGUCACUCUGGGCCCUGUUCGAAAAGGUGAUUUACUUAAUCUACAUAUGAAGAGUCCCGGUUCUACGUGGGAUCUACGUUCGAGCACUGAGCAGUCUGCUUGUUUUGCUCUACAAGGCAGACGACCCAAAAUGGAGGAUCGAUUUACUUUGGUCGAAAAACUGGGAGGCACACAGCUCCAUCUCUUCGCUAUUUAUGACGGGCAUGGAGGCGAAUUCGCGGCUGAUUUCGCUCAGCGUUGGAUUGUUAAUUGGCUGGAGAAACGGUCUGUAAACUACAAGAGUCGGCUUCCAUUAUACGAACCAUGCACAUCAGUUUCUCCUUCAAGCGGUUAUCAGGAGAUUCGGAUAGAAGAACCGAACGCCAAUAACGAUCCACCCGAGCCGGCUUUACCUGACAAAAAUGGAACAACAGCAAAAAUUGGCCGCAGAAACAGCUUGACCAGCCAGCAACAGGAGUUGCCUUCGCAAUCAGAGAUGACUAAAACUCCAUCCUUGAAUAGAAGGCAGCAUUCACAACAAGAAGGCCAAGGAGAUUUACCUAAUGUCAGUGGCAUGCUGAGGCGGGGAAGUAGUGGACGAGAAGCCACUAGAAAACUUGAACUAAGGCGAAAAAGCAGCGCACGAAUGCCGAUACCCACCACUUCAAAGCGUCAAUCACUCGUUGCAAGUGGAGAAUUUGACCUGUCUAGUGAGCUCACAACAGCGAUCAUGGAAUCCGAUAAGGCCCUGCUGGUCGAGGCCAAGAAGCGCAAUGACGUAGCAGGCAGUACCGCUUUGGUAGCGAUCUUGGAUUCAGCAUCAGGACAACUGACUGUAGCCAACGUUGGAGAUUCGAGAGGUAUCCUUUGUGAUGCCAAGGGAACUGUUAUCCCCUUGUCUUUCGACCACAAGCCUCAACAGUUGAAAGAACGAAAGCGAAUCCAAGAAGCCGGUGGGUUUAUAUCUUUCAACGGUGUGUGGAGAGUGGCCGGAAUUCUAGCAACUUCCCGUGCUCUAGGAGACUUUCCUCUUAAGGAUCGCAAACUGUUGAUUGCCGAACCGGAUGUACUUUCUUUUGAUCUUCACGAACUCCGACUUCAUCAGCCUAGCUUCCUCAUUCUUGCAUCUGAUGGAUUGUGGGAUGCUUUUACCAACGAAGAAGCUGCUUUUUACGUUCGUCAGCGACUUCACGAACCGCACCUCGGCGCAAAAAGCCUUGCUAUGCAGGCUUAUCAGCGUGGAUCGGUAGACAACAUCACGGUACUCGUAAUUAAUCUCAGCAAGCUGUAAAGAGUGAAAAGAACGUGUGCUCGAAAAACUUAUAACAUUAUCCACCAUCACUUUCCAUAUACAUAUAUUGCCCCGAUAGAUGUCCUGCAAAUAUAUCACCAGUUCCACACCUCUAAUAAAAUGAAAUUAAUCAA